CGUUUUACCUCGUUGCUUCGCGGUUCGCUCACUGCUCUGAAGUUUUCCUGCAUCAGUAGCAGCAAGAACAUACGCGUUGCUUCGUCUCUUUCGCGAGUACAACAACGCGGUUACGGGAGUGGAUAACAUUUUAGUUCCAUGGAAAUCACCUCGUGAAAGGUUGAAACCUUAACAGAUUAUCCGGUUUGUUUUGCUACUGCGGUCAACAUGAGCGGAAUGCUACGGUUGCCUUCGACACUGGCCAAGAGCGCCUUAUCCGCGGCUCGCGGAUUGUCGGUCACCUCAUCCCAACGUGGCCUCCACUUCACUGUCGGCCAAAACAAUGCCAAAUCUAACCCGGGUGCCAUUUCGAGCGAGUAUCCAGUAGUGGACCACACUUACGAUGCGGUUGUGGUUGGUGCGGGCGGAGCAGGACUCCGUGCUGCUUUCGGUCUGGUGGCCGAAGGAUUCAAAACCGCCGUCAUUACGAAACUCUUCCCAACACGUUCGCAUACCGUAGCGGCACAGGGUGGAAUCAAUGCGGCUCUUGGUAAUAUGGAGGAGGAUGAUUGGAAGUGGCACAUGUAUGAUACGGUAAAGGGGUCCGAUUGGCUAGGAGAUCAGGAUGCCAUUCACUACAUGACUCGGGAGGCACCGAAGGCUGUCAUUGAGCUAGAAAAUUACGGAAUGCCUUUCUCGCGUACGACCGAUGGUAAAAUAUAUCAGCGUGCCUUUGGAGGUCAGAGUUUAAAGUACGGAAAGGGUGGACAAGCGCAUCGAUGUUGUUGCGUUGCAGAUCGUACCGGGCAUUCUCUGCUGCAUACGUUGUAUGGUCAGUCCCUCAGCUACGAUUGUAAUUACUUCAUCGAAUAUUUUGCGAUGGAUUUGUUGAUGGAAAACGGUCAGUGUGUGGGUGUGAUUGCCUUGAACUUAGAAGAUGGUACCAUCCAUCGUUUCCGUGCCAAGAACACCGUGCUGGCUACGGGUGGCUACGGACGAGCGUACUUCUCAUGUACCUCUGCCCACACUUGCACAGGAGACGGAACUGCCAUGGUUGCUCGAGCAGGAUUGCCAUCAGAAGAUCUCGAAUUUAUUCAAUUCCAUCCUACAGGUAUCUACGGUGCUGGUUGUUUAAUCACAGAAGGUUGUCGCGGCGAAGGUGGUUAUUUGGUUAACUCACAAGGUGAACGCUUUAUGGAACGAUAUGCUCCGGUGGCUAAGGAUCUUGCAUCGCGUGACGUUGUUUCUCGCUCGAUGACAAUUGAAAUCCGAGAGGGGCGUGGCUGUGGACCGGAAAAGGAUCACGUGUUCCUGCAGCUGCAUCAUUUGCCACCAGAUCAGCUUGCCCAGCGUCUCCCAGGAAUUUCGGAAACAGCAAUGAUCUUUGCCGGCGUUGAUGUAACUCGUGAACCCAUUCCUGUUCUGCCCACGGUUCACUACAACAUGGGUGGCGUUCCCACCAACUAUAAAGGACAGGUGCUUACCGUAGACAAUAGUGGAAACGAUAAAAUAGUUCCCGGUUUGUACGCAUGUGGUGAAGCCGCGUGUUCUUCUGUGCAUGGCGCUAACCGCUUGGGAGCCAACUCUCUGCUAGAUUUGGUUGUGUUUGGCCGUGCCUGUGCUAAAACUAUUCCCGCCGAAAACCGACCCGGUGAUAAAGUUCCGGAUUUGCAACCUAACGCUGGAGAAGCUUCGGUUGCUAACUUGGACACUGUGCGCUAUGCUAACGGCAAAAUUCCAGCAUCAACACUCCGACUAAACAUGCAGAAGACCAUGCAAUCAUACGCUGCCGUGUUUCGUGAGGAGAAAACAUUGCAGGAAGGAGUCCGCAAGAUGAUGGAAAUCUACAAAACCUUCAAGGACGUGAAGGUCUCCGACCGCUCGCUGGUGUGGAACUCCGAUCUUGUUGAAACGCUUGAACUACAAAACUUGCUUCUGAACGCCAACAUGACCAUCGUGGCAGCCGAAAACCGAAAAGAGUCUCGUGGUGCACAUGCCAGAGAAGAUUAUAAAGCACGAGUGGAUGAAUAUGACUUCACCAAACCCUUGGAAGGUCAGCAAAAGAAGCUGAUGGAAGAGCACUGGCGCAAACACACACUGUUGUGGAUUGACCCGGAUACGGGUGAUGUGAAAAUUAACUACCGCCCAGUUAUCGACGAGACCCUCAGCGAGGAAUGUAGCACUGUGCCGCCGGCGAUUCGGUCCUACUAGAAACGUAAUAACCCCUCAAUCAGAUUCUAUCCUCACCUACAACUAACGAUAAACUACUACAUCACAAUUACGGAUCGAGCGCAAAAAAGCGUUCAAAUAAAAAAGAAAAUAAAGGAGCUGUGAAGAGGACGACAUCCACUGAAACUCACAUGAGAGAGUAUUACUUCUAGUAUUUGGGUACCAAUUUUUUGCUUGUCGAGUGAAAAAUUGAUAACGCGAUGCAGAUUGAUAACGCGACGUGAAGACGUAAUCAAUACAUGCAAGAAAACCCUUUAAAUCUGGCGAUGCAAGUCUAACAAGAUGAUUUCCCUGUUCGACACGACAACCCUAGCUCCACAAUGUGUAGCUUCGAUUUUUUCCAAUAUUAGGCAAAAACCCGAUAUAGGUCUAAAUUGUACUUAAUGCUAGAUUAACAUGGAUGUCUGACGUAAUUUCUAAAACAAUAUUUAUUUUAAUUGUUAAUUAAAGGUAAUGUAUAAACACAGAACCUGUAGUAAUAAACACCAUUCUUCACAUUAAUGGACGUUCCGUUUCACCGGGAACAUUGGAAAGCUGGUACUGUACCACACAUCGCUUCAUUUGCUCUGCUCUGAAAAAGGUUUACAGUCGACACUCCUGUUUUUUUCUUAAUUUAGUAGCUGCAAGAGAGAACACGAAAAAGGAAAUAAACGUAUUAAAGCGUGCUAUUUAUAUUGUAAAUUAAA